GCGUCCGGCGCCAAUCUCACGCAAAAAGAUCAGCACAUAACUGCUACACAGGAGGAGGAAGAGGGACAUGGAGGUGGAGAUGCAGCUGGACGACGACCUCUUCUUCGCGGAGCUCAGCAAGCGGAUAACGGUCCUCAUCACCGACGACGACGACGCCGACUUCGUCGUCGCUGCCGCCACUGCCGCCGCCGUGCAGUUCCCCGACGCCAUGCACCUUCCGCCGGGUUUCUCUAUGUCGUCCCAUGUGCCAUCGAUGUUGGCGCCACCGACCUACACGCUGUUCCACCACGCCGCCAGCUACGGCGCCGCCACCAUCGCGAACAGCGCCGGCGAUGCUGGCAGAACGUGGAGCGGCAGCAAGGGCACCGGCGUGUUCAUCCCGCGGUCCGCGCCCGGCGGCGCGCACUCCAAGCGCAAGGGCAGGAACUGGAGCGGCUCCAGGGCGCGGGCGAAGGCCGAAGGCAUCGUCGCGGCGGGCACGCCCGUCAAGAGACGCGCCUGA